CCCACCCAUCCUUCUACGACAUCCCAUCAGCGUUCUGUUGCGGCACACAAAUCCAACUAUGGCACCAGUUCCCUGGCACCAGCAAAUCAACUUUACUAGUGCGCUUCUGCUUCAUUCCUGCAUUACCAUAUGGUUCAAAGAACUCAGUAACAGCCUUGUCCUUCUCUACCGCCUCAUUUCACGAGCCAAAGACAAGACCAGAGUAGCCGCCUCAGUCGUAUUCGAUGGAUACACGUCAGUUUGCUCGAAAGACCGUGACGGCGAGCUUGCCGAGUUGUAUUUUACUAAUACUGGCUUUGUUCUCCUGCUAGCCUCGCUCUCGUCGAGCAUUGCACUGAACCUGCUUCUCCCAACUCUCGCACUGAAUUUAUUAGUCGCAACCACUUUUGGAAUGGCAUUCAUCGCGUCUGCCAUGGUGGCGUGUCGAGAGAAGAGCGUUUUAAUGCCGGUGAUGGCGUUGCGACGCGCUGGUCGCUUCAUUUGGUCUGACACGCCGUUUGUGAAUUUCUUCACGCUGAUAUACAUUGCAGUGGUCUUGAAAGGGGCAUCAAAGCUGGAACUGAAGGAUUAUGUACUGUUUCGAUCUGUCGCGAUUCUGGAACUUGUGUUCAUGAAAGCGAGGCUGGCCGCGGCCGACGUAGAGACGCAGCGUACUAUGAUAGAGCGACUCGUCAAGAGCGAGUACGUCAUAAUCAACGAUCCGUUUCCUCCAAUUUUACUCUCGCCGCCCCCACCGCUUCAAAGGCAACACAUCAUCUCCUUUACCACUGCACAACGCUUGUCAGUCAUGUUAUAUAAGACAACCAUUGGGUAUGCACCUGGUUCUCUCUGUGGACCAUUCGGUCCUACAACUCUCACUGUACCUCGAACCCCAGGGCAUUUCGUAGACGAGGCAGAACAGUACGGUUGGCGCAUCUAUCGCGUCUCGCCCGAGCUUCUAGUCCUCGAAGAUUGUGUGCAAGACAUGGUCGCAACCCAGAUGAAGAAAGCAUCAACACUGGAGCGACGUGGGAUAAGGUCACGAUACACCAAGUUCAUAGCUUGGUCUCAUGGAGUGCUACUGCGACGUGUAGGAAGGCGUAGAGUGGUUUGGCUCAUGCGGAUGGAAGAGAAGGGGAGAAUAGAACAUGUGUGGAGGGGUAAUGCUAACCUGGUCACGGGUUUGACAGAGGUGUGGUUGAGGGAUAACUUCCAGCGGGCACUCGAGGGCGAUAGACACAUAGUCCGAGAGAUCGCAUUGUGAAUCGGUGCGGGAUAUUCAAG